AUGUUGCUUAAAUUCACGUCUCCGGAUAUGCUGAACUCUACACUUGUCGAUGUCAACACUGGCAAGUGUGCAUACAACAUCGUGACUAUCCUCGUUUCGACGACGGUUUUGCCAGAAGAACAAAUACGUUCGUCAGACACCUCUUCUAAUCCAAGAUCUCCUACUAUGGUUGGCUCUUCUCCCUCUUUUCUGAAAAAGCGAGCACCGUCGUCUAGCUCGGAGAUUCUUCCCGAUGUUGUAGAGAGGCGGACAUCAAUAACGGCCCCGACAGGGAAAGUACUUGCUGAAAUUGCGUGGCAGGGGUGUCGGCCAACCAUAUCCAUACAUGGUGAAAAGGUUGGCGGCCUUACUGAUUUAUUUGGGUCGACAACUGUGCGCUUCAUGCCUAAAAAUCUUGUCAUACCUACACGUUUUGACACUGAAUAUGUUUGGAUGGCAACUACUAACUCUCUCACACUCUUCGACUGUGACACGGACAGUGUAAAAGGAUCAUUUUAUCGAAACGUUUUCCGAUUGCCCACAGUCAAGAAAGGAGCCAAGCACAGGUUUCUGUCAAAAAAAAAAUCGUCAAUCUCUCUACGCAACGGCACUUUUUUUCCCGAUCUACCUUCUCCAUCCCAGACCGAAGAUACGCAAAGUGAAGAAGAGAUCCAAAAAUCCUCCUUUAUCUCCACGCGUAUCCCUGGCCUAGGUUCCAGUUAUAUAGAGUUUACGCCACAUUUACUGGCACAUGACGUAGAAAUUAUACUCUCAUUUUUGAUGAUGGAAAUACUAAGGAGAGGUCGCUUUGGUCUUGCCCUGUAUACGUUUGAAAAACCACAGGCGUGGCAAUUCCGAGAAGCUCAUCGGCUUCUCAUGCGCCGCGUUCGAAGGGAUACACUUUGA